AUGACUGUAAAUUACAGUCUGCAACUUUCAAAUUCAAAGCCGUGGGCACUUUUUAGAAUCCUUCUGAAAUGGCAUGGAAGCAUAUGGAAACUUGUCUUGAUUGAAUUCUUCAUAUUUUUGCUAUCAUUUUUAUUAAUAAACAUUCUUCUCAACAAUGUUCUCUCCAAAAGCAUGCAGAAGUGUGUUUUUCUAAAAACCUUAAAAAUGAUACCUAUUGAAUUUAUGCUGGGAUUUUUCGUCCAAGCAAUUAUUACACGCUGGCAAAAAAUGAUUCAAAAUAUUGGUUUCAUUGAUAGGUUCGUUUCAUUGUAUUUAUUUUAUAAUUAUGUUCGUGGUAACACGGAUUAUAGCCGCAUGCUACGACGUAAUAUUGUACGUUAUAUUUGUUUAGCUCAAGUACUUGCAUCCCGAAAUAUUAGUACAGCUGUUCGAAAACGUUUCCCCACCAUCGAAUCUAUUGCUGAAGCUGGUAAGAAUAUUAUUUUGAGGUGCAUACAAUCAUUUCUAUAUAAUAACCUAACUUUAAAUAGUGAUUUGGGGUCAAAACUUUGGAUACCCGUUCAGUGGGCACUUUCAAUAGUUUAUCGAGCUCGUCAAGAACAACUCAUUGAAAGUGACUACUUUUGUGACCGUAUCUGUGAGGAGAUUAGAAAUUUUCGAAAUAGCUUGGGAACUUUAUGCAAAUUUGAUUGGGUACCAUUGCCGCUAGCAUAUCCACAAUUAGUGUAUCUUGCUGUGCAUGUUCACUUCUUGAUUACUGUUAUUUCAAGACAAGUAAUCAUAGAAGAUGAUAAAGCACAUAUAAUCAAUAUUACUACAAAAGUUACCGUACAGUUUUUCUUCUACAUGGCAUGGACAAAAGUAGCAAUGGUACUUAUUAAUCCGUUUGGUGAAGAUGACGACGAUUUUGAGACAAAUGCGCUCAUCGACCGCAACUUCAAAUUUGGUAUGAGAAUAGCAGAUGUGACAACUAAUGAUACACCAUGGCAAUUGAAAGACUCAUUCUGGAAUCAUGACGUUGAAUCUCUGUGCAACGAGGAAUCAUCAAAAGCCAAUCAAGACGGUUCAAUGGGUUCAACAGUAAGAUUUCGGUAA